AGGUCUUGUGUGCGGGUAAUUUGUAUGAGCGAGCCGUUUCGUCGGCGGAGGGUGGCAAGGUUGCUUGGUCGCUGCAAGGGCGGUGUAUAGCCGUGCUACGUGUAUCGGGCGAGACUGUGUCUGUAGGCUUUGAACCUGAAACGGGAACGGAACUCAACUACGAUGAUGUAGAUAGUUUCUACGGUCAAAUAGAGAAGGAUACGUAUGAAUGGGUCCCAAACGCUACGGCCACCUUCGAACGCAUCCCGUACGAUAAGAGGGAAGAGAAACUCGGUGAUCUACUCGACAACACAGAUACGAUGACCAUGUUUUAUGAGAUGGGCAAUAAAAAAAACCGGGAUAAUGCGUUUGGACUGGAAUUUGAAAGUGCCAAUGAGGGCAUCAGUUUAGAGAUGUUUGAGGCUGUGGUUGCGCUGCUAAUGUGGUGUGAUGCAGGUGCAGUGGCCCUUGCCGAUAUAGGCCUUUCAUCGGAAUCCGACCCGGAGGAGGCUGCCGAGGAGCGCAAGCAGAUCAAGAAAAAGCAGAGCUCGGAUCUCAAUGUGAAAUUACGGUCUAUUGUGCUGUGCGAUGAUUGAAAUAAAGUUGGGUACAUACUUUGGG